CAACCCUAUCGUUCUCGCCUAUCUAUUAAAAUAUAUACACCAACUUAUGCCUUCUCUUCAUUAUUUAUGUUCUCAUCUUCAAAAUGCUUCAAGAGCAUAUUUAGCACAAACAUCUUUACCAGCAACAAAGCUUAAUCUUGAUAUAUGUUUAGGAUUAUAUACCCAUGGAUUAUUAGGGUCAGUACGUCGAGGAUCUUAUUGGGGACCAGAUACGGUUUAUACACCAAUCACGUGCGAGAAUAUAUCUACACGACGUAUAUGGGUGGAUUUAAAGUAUCAGAUGAUGAGGCCAGUUUUGAAGGAAAUUAAAGCAUUAAAUAGACCGGGACGUAGACAAUGGAUGUCAGCGGCUAGUUUAGCACUUUUAACUAGACAAAGAGUUCAUUUUAUACCAGCUUUGGGGUUAGGAGAAUGCAUAUUUGUUAGGACACGAAAAGGGGUUAUGGAGAUUAGGGAGGCGAUUGGGCUUAAUUUAGGUGGAGAGCUUUUAUGCAGGGUAUCAUAACGCUAUGAGGAGGUGUAGAUGAGGUGUAGAUGAGGUGUAGAUGAGG